AUGCCGAUGGCGGUGGUAGCGCAGCGCGGCAGCGACGGGAGCGGUGGUGGCGCGCGACUGGAGGUGACGAAAGGCGGCUGUGGCUCGGUGCACGGUGGGAAUGGUGCUGCGGGGGUGGAAGGGGAGGACGGAGUGGAUGCCGGGGUGCGGCACGACGCGGCGAAGCCGUUGGAGGCAAAAGCACGGCCGGGCGAGGCGGCGCUCGCCGGCGGGGAGCGGAUGGAGGCGGCUAAAGGCGAAGGUGGCUCGGGGUGGCGGUGGAAGCGGCGUUGCGGCGGUGGAUUGGCGAAGAGGAGCGGUGGACGGGGUGCGCACGGCGACUGCGGUGCCGGGGAGGGCGACGGCGCAAAAAUUCAAUAA